AUGUCCACCUCAGGAAUAACCUGUUCCGCCUGUUUAACCGGCUCUGUAAAAACAGACACUGCAAUCGGGACAGUGGAAAAAAUCUUUGGUCGGGAUACGUACGUUGCUCGUCCAUCGGAUUUCAAGGCUUCGAAUGCUGCUUUGGCAACGGCAAGUGGUGUAGAUGCCGAGGAGGGAGAGAACAAAGCCAAAGGAGUUAUUGUGAUGCUUCCGGAUCUCUUUGGUUGGGAAGUUAGUAACUGCAGAUUACUCGCUGAUAGCUAUGCGAGGGAGGGGUUUCUGGUGUUGUUGCCGGAUUUCAUGGAUGGCACAGCUCCACCCUCCUGGACAAUGCAAACCAUGGACUCCCUCCUCUCCCCCUCCCCCUCAAUCUUCACAACACUCUUCAAGAAACCCCUCUGGGCACUCCAGGUAGCCUCUCAAGCCAUCCCCUUCCUAAUCCGCAACAAAGAAUCCGUCAUUAUGCCCCGUCUACUAUCCUUCCACAGCUCUCUCCGCGAGACGCCUAUCCCUGAGAUGGCUGGACUGAAAAUCGGCAGUGCUGGGUUCUGCUGGGGUGGGAAAUACACGAUUCUGUUAAGCCAGAAACAGGACGGGAAAGACGGCCGAAGAUUGAUCGAUGCAGCGUUCGUGGCGCACCCGAGUUCGAUGGCGUUUCCGAGUGAUUGGGAGAAGAUUGCUGUUCCGUUCAGCAUGGCGAUUGGGGAUGUGGAUUUGGGGAUUGGGAUUGAGCAUGUUAGGGAGAUUCAGGGUGUGUUGGAGGGGAAGAUGAGGGGUGAGGGACAAAGAGGAGAGGAGAGGAAGAAUGUGAGUGACGUUGUGGUUUACGAGGGGGCGAAGCAUGGGUUUGCGAUCAGAGGGGAUUGGAAGGAUGAGGAGCAGAGGAAGAGUGCGGAGGGGGCGAAGGGCCAAGCUUUGGAGUGGUUUGCAAAGUGGUUGGCGUAA